AUGAAGCGUUUGCGCAGACAGCGAACGCCAACACAAAAGAAAACGCACGAUGUGGCUGCCCAUGGAUGCAAACUUACACUUUUACACGUUUAACGCUUCAGGCUUUAGUAUUAGGUGCUACUAGCACUUGUUGGAUGGCAAUUAAGAUCCAGGGCUGCACAGCACCAUCGCGUUUUGGCAUUCUUUUGCCCGCUAAAUUUCCAGGGCUGCGAGCCCGCGCACGUUCAGCAGGCAGUAACGAAAAGUGAUCGCAGAUUCCUUGUUAGUGAAUAA